UAAACUUGAUUAUGAACCUACUUAUUCACAAGUGCUGAUUGAAACACAUAAAGAUCCCACAUACACUAAAUGAGCGUGACCAAUUUAAAAUUUAAUUGAAUUUUUGUAAUUACGAAUUUUAGAAUGAUAAUAUGAAGAUACUGGUACACGUUUUGUUAUGUGAGUAACAAUUUUUAUCCAAAGCUAUUUUCAUCUUAGAUUUAAAAAUGUUUUCUUCGUGCCCUAGUGGGCGCGAACAAAGCAUCAGCACAGCAGAAAGACCAACAUUUUCGACCAGUUCCUGUUGCCAGUGAUGACAUACGGCAUUAAAUUGCUAUCACUCAUAAUGAACCUUAUCAAAUGAUUCAAAGUCACUCUAAGAGCAAGGAAGAAAGCUAUGCCCAUGAAUCGAAAUAGAAGUAAGAGCAUUCGCAGAAGAACCUUGAAAGGUGGUAUUUCGCAAAGGAUUGCAAGAGUGGAUUGGCAAUGCGCCGGCCAUAUUGCUCGUAAAGUAAACUACCGCUUGGCUAAAAAUUUCUAAUCAGCGUAAUCUAAGUAAACGUAAUCUAGGUAAAGCUGAAUACAGACAGUACAGGACUGAUCAUUUUGCCCAAUCUUGGAGACCUAUGGUCAAGAUCUCUUUUUGCUGAUGAUGAUGAUAAUGAUGAUAUGCUUCGGUAAAGAAAUAACACUAGGUAUGGGAUAUAUGCUCAACUGGAUCACGGGAAUCGAUUUCAUAGACCUGUCAGACCUCGAACCUGAAUACACACGGCAGGAUACGCAACGAAAUCGAAUUUCAGAAGAGGCUCAAACGAAGCGAGCCCAGCGUCGAUAUCUCUUAGCCACACAAACAUUAAACACCAAAUUAAGCCUACGGAGUAGCCCGGACGAGGACGACAAAGACGUCAACUUAAAAGAGAAAAUAUCAACUCUUGUACAACAAACGCUACACGACACUGAGAGGAAAAUUAAAUCUGUUCAGAACAUGAAAGAACACUUCAAGGAUGAACCGCCCUACAGAAUCGGUUUUGUACUGAGCAUGGUAAAGAAAACUAGGGAUGUGCUAAACGAGUUAUUUAAUGUCGCGGUCAAGCACCGAGACGAAUGGAAGGCGUUGGAGCAAAUGAAAAUAUUCGAACUAAUUGUUCAUACGAAUGUUGACACAAAUAAUUUAGUGAGGCAGCUCAUCGACAUUCAUGUUAAAUACAUGAAUUCAACCAACACGAAACUGAGGAGAGUAUUGCUUAUCUAAUUGACGAGCACAGCGCAUCGGCAAUUAAAAAUAUACUUAUUUAAGCUUUUAAUUCACUUACAAUCUGUACUAUGUAUAUUGUGGGUAUAAAUUUAUUGUAUGACUCACUCUUCUGUAAAGGCUAGUCUACUCUGAUAGAUCACUCUGAAUAUUGUCAAUAAUAAUACACCAUGAUAUAAGUACCUGCUUUCUUUUUCAGAAUUUCUCUACAUAAAAACCAUUUAGAUAUUUCUUAUUAUAACGCUUAUUAUUAAUGUUAUGUAACAGUGUUAAUGUUGUUCAAUGUUAUGAUGUGCAAUAAAGUAUUCCCUAUC